GUUUUCAUACGUGUCGGCCAUUUUGUGACCACAGCCAAGUAACAUCGGGAUGGCCACGUUUCGACAGGCCUCGGAUAACGACGCUUGGGCCCUUCUUGCGCUCAAAUCGGCCCCUGCCAGCCCCAGCAGAAUCCCAUGGGUUGAUGAGAAUGAAAAAGGCAACGUUAUUGCCCGUCUUGAAGGCCGUGACUUUGAGUUUUUGGUCCGCAAAACUCGGAUCACGAUCGGUCGCAACAGCAAGCAAGGAGAGGUCGAUGUAAACAUGGGCCACUCCAGUUUUAUUUCACGUAAACACCUCGAGAUUAUAUACGAAAAUCGGAGCUUCUUUCUCAACUGCAACGGCAAGAAUGGUGUUUUCGUCGACGGGGUGUUUCAGAGAAGGGGUGCACAGCCUCUCCAGCUCCCAAAAACAUGUUUACUCCGGUUUCCGAGUACCAGCAUCAAGAUCAUGUUCCAGGCGUUGAUCAAUGAGCAGAGUCCGCCCCCUGUCAUGCCGGAGCCCAUCCCGGUCAAACGGAAGAUGUUACCGCCCCUCAAGAUAGACAUCCCCCCAGCGGAGGCCACUUUUGGGAGCCCAUUCCCGUCUCCUACAGGCACAAUAAGUGCAGCGAAUUCGUGUCCCACAAGCCCGCGCGGCGGCACGGGGGCAAACUCCAGAAGAAAUAUAACCCCUGACCUCCAAGCGGCGGCACUAGCUGCGGCCGCCGCCUCGUCAGACGACAAAGAUGGCAACCAUUCAUCAGGCAACGACAUCGGGAGUCCCAAGGAAGAAUCCAAACCUCCUUACUCCUAUGCACAGCUCAUUGUACAGGCUAUCAUGUCGUGUACAGACAAGCAGCUCACUCUUAGUGGUAUCUAUGCAUACAUCACCAAGACGUAUCCCUACUACAGAUCAGCUGACAAAGGAUGGCAGAAUUCGAUCCGACACAACCUGUCGCUGAAUCGCUACUUCAUCAAGGUACCCCGAUCACAGGAGGAGCCAGGCAAGGGGUCAUUCUGGAGGCUGGACCCCAGCUCAGAGGCCAAGCUCAUGGAGCAAGCCUACAGACGGAGGCGUCAACGUGGCGUGCCGUGUUUUAGGACCCCUUUCGGCGGUGUGUCGUCAAGUAGGUCUGCCCCAGCGAGCCCCUCGCACACAGUGCAGUACAUCAGUGGUAUCUUCACCCCUGAUAGUCUGUCAAGGGAAGGCUCCCCCGCCCCGACACCCACAGACUCUGGAGACCAUGCUGUGCUGGACCAUCAGCGAUUUACUCAGGCCAUGCAGGAGCAAGUGAAGCGCAGCAUCUCCAGCCCGGGUUCCCCAGUCCACCCACCACCCCCUUUCCAGCCCCCUCAAUCCACAGGGUCAGCACCCUUGACCUUACCCCCACCUAACAGCCAGGCCUUACAGAAUGCUCCCUUUGGACUGGCUCUACACCGUAUGCCCCAUGCGGCAUCGGUCAUCACUUCGGCCAAGGCGUACGCUGUACCGGCGUCGAACCCAUCACCACCUGUUAUCGUCCCCAUGAUGAUGUCAGGGAUUAGUAACGGCUACCCAAGCCAGCAGGCCCCUCGGGAAGAAGUGACCUCAACGGACGGAGCGACCAACCUCAAACCCAAUGUUAAAGAGGAACAUUUAGAAGAUGUUAAAAAGUCUCCACUCCCAAACAGUAACAACAUCGCUACCAACAGCAACAACGGCAGCAUUCACCAGCAGCUUCAUCAACAGCAGCAGCAGCAGAAACAGCAGCAGCAGCUUCCUCCUCAGCCCAAAGGUGUCGUCAUGUCAAGCCAGCCGCAGGACAGCACCCCUCACGUGGUGACGGUCGCCGGCACCUACCAGCCACCGACCAGCGUCUUCUUCCGGCCGCCGCCGACCACCUCCUCCGUGUUGAGCUCCCCGCUGGUCAUGCUGGCAACUUCUGCGGCCCAGUCGCCGACGAGCAGCCCCGCCAAAAGGCACAUGGAGGGAAUCACGGAGGAAUCUCUGGAAGAUAAUAGUAAACGGCUGAAAGCUGAAGUGCAGGAAGUGUGAUACAUAUAACAUCUUUACCACCCCCCCCCCCCCCCAAAAAAAGAGGAAAAAAUAUCUGAUAUUGGUAGGCAUAUUACAGCUAGUUUUACAGCGUUGCUUUCAGCACCUACACGCCCUUUCCCCCUUCCUCCUUUAAUGUGUGUCAGGGUGUCCAAUCUUGGCAGCAGACUCACUAGUGGAAAAAUCCAUAGCAACGUUAGAAUGUGUGCAUGGUCAGAAUGACAUAGGCAAUCUUAAGUUACCAAGUACAGCACCUAGCGUCUCGGGAAGUCCUUCCAUUGUUUAGGCAUGGCAUGUUUUGUAACCAGAAGAGUUUAUGAAAAUGUGGUGGGGUAAUUUCGGGAUUGUUCUUUUUUGCCAAGAUGACGCGGCGAAGGUGCAUAUUUGCAGUUUACUCAAUUUAAGUGUGGGGCGGGGGUAAAUUAUACAAUAACUUGGGGUUCAUCAAAGUGAAAGAAGGGGUUCCGUACAGAAUUUUCAAAGUGAAACCCUUUUCCUGAUGUGCUUUUUUUGACAAUAUUUCUUGCUUGAUCUGGGGGGGGGGGGGGGGGGGGGGCGCGGGUGGAGAAGCUUGGUUCAUCAUGUCUUUUGAGUGAAUUUCUGCUUGGCAAUGCCCUAACCUUUUGAUGAACAAAGAACUUAUUAUUUUUUGUGUCUACUUGGUUGCUGAACCCCGCACCCUGGACCUAUUUAAGAAUGGGCACCUGACUGAAUUCGAGACAAACCACCAUUCACAAAGCAUGUCAAUCCCAACCGUCCAAUGGAUGUAAUGACAUUUUCGAAUUGAUAAUGGGUCCCAAUUGAGAAUACACCGGUGCUUAAUUGCACAUGUCUUCAUAAGAGUGUAUUGGUAAAAUGUUAGAACCCCUCCUGCCAAAGUGUCCAGAGUGUACAAACAUGCAUUUGCUGUCAAGUUUGAUUUGAUGUGAUCUUUUUCACUUGGUUGUGAAAUAUUGUCAGUGUUUCAUCUCAACAAUGGGAGACUAUCGAGGGCGCUAGGUGACACUAACCUGAGUGGCAAAUCCAUCGUGUACAAUUAUAUUUGGCGCUCAGAAAUUACAACAACAAAAUGGGAAAAUUACCCGGUAUGUCUGUUGGUCAGUGGGUCUGAUGGUUGGCUUAUUAAGUGGUGCAUUUUAAUACCACAUUAAUUAACGUCAUGUAGUCGUCUUUUAGAGUAAAAAAAUAACCUUCCGGGUUGUACAGUAGUAAUAGUUGUAGUGAAUACCACACUGAAUGUGUUAGGGCCUUUAUUUAGCUUUGUUUUUACCCAAAUUCAUCUUUGACACAUAGUAUUAGGUGUAUUAAAAAAAAUUAUAUAUAAUUAUUAUUGUUAUUUUUUUUUAAAUGGCUCUUGAUUUAUUUUGAUACAGUGAAAAUUUUCAUUCUUUGUUUUGUCCAAAAGAAGUAUUAUUUCUGGGCCAAAAACUUGAGUCAGGACGUUUGAGGGGGAAAACAAAGUGAUUGCUUUUGUUAUUGUACGAGUUGAAGAUGUGUAUAGCUUUUUGUUUUAAUGGAGUCAAAGGAGUGUUCUGGCUGUUUUGUAUACAGGCGGAACUUUGGGAGAUAAUAAUAGCGGACGGGAAGUGAAUUUUCUGCUGAAAAUAAGUAUUUCUUGCUCUAUUAUUCAUGCUGUUUACUGAGGUUAUUGGAGUUAUUAUGUAUAAUAGUACAACUAUCCAAUAAAUUGUGUUGAGAAUCUCUAUUUAGUUUUAUAUCUUAACUAACUAGUCGCUUUUGUUAAUAUCUUACUGUUUACUUUUAACGCAACCACAGCCUGUAAUAUUUACGUCGUUUGGGGCUAUUUGAUCCCCCCCUCGCUGUUUUAGCUUAUCUAGUGCCUUGACUCCUAGAAGAACAACAUAAGGGACAAAACCCACGGUUACCAGUCUGUAACUGAGUGAGCUGGUCUCAGAACCUCAAUAUUAUAUGUUUAUGCACUUCUCAGAGACUAGAGGCCAAAGGUCAAGCUCGAUGAACCCUACCAUGCUCAAAGACGUGCGCGCUUUGUGGCUCGACAAGUUUUUUUUAAAAACCUUGGAAAGUAGUUUGCUUGGGUGUUGCUUUUCUAGGCUGGUGAUGGCGCUGUUUUUUAUUAUUAUUGGUUUUUAUUAUUUCUUUUUGUAAACCUGGUACAUAUUAUCGUCAAUAAUCAAUAAAUUGCUGCAGUUGAUCUUGUAUUUGAAGACGUUAUUUGGUCUUUCGUCGUUGCCUGUACAUGUACAUGUAUUAACAUUACUUGAGUAAAAACAAUAAAUACACAAUAAUCCAUCGUUCAAAGAGAAAUGGCAUGGUUUUGUGCAUCAUCUUUUUUUUUCGUUAUAAAGAUAUUGUCGGCAAUCCAGACAAACUGAAUGAGAUCGUGAGAUAGGUUUUAGAAAAUCUAAAUAACAAUUAUUUAUCGCAAAGUUUUAUUUGCAGGUUUGUAUUUAGUACCAUGCAUAGAAAUAACAAAUAAAACUCACAGUCGUCCAUUA